AUGAGAGGGGCCGUUCUCGCGCUAUCCAUUUCUACAGCAGCCUUACUAUCUUCCUUGAUUGCCAUGGCGGCCUUGGUUUAUCAUCUUUAUCUUGUGUUAAAGAAGACCAGAAAGCAACUAGACGACGCAAACAUUACUGAACUAAGCCCAUGGAGGGUUUAUAAUAUUUACCUCAUAGUGCAUGAUCCUCAAACCUGGACCAAAAAUAGAAACAUUGCUCAUGGCCAUGCUGAGAUACAAGACUCCAAGAACCACUGCACCUAUAAUCUCUAUUCCUGUCUUUGUUUUGAAAUUACGGGAUUUAAUAAGGAAACGAAUGAGUUGUGCGAUAUCGGGAAUUCAGAAACGGAUGUUAUCGUCGUUAAGGAUGCCAGGAAAAUCAUACUUACCGGGGUUAUAGUUGAUGAGAGGUGUUGGCGGGGAGCUAGCCGUUCACUUGUGAAAAUGAGAUUACCAACAAAACCGAUUCCUGUGGAUCCCCUGGACUCGUCGGGGGGCAUAGAGGAUCCAUGGGUUGCCUUUAGCAGAUGA